UUAACCUUAAUCAGCUAGCUUAAUUAGCUUCCUCCUCAUCCUCAUAACAUUUUUGAAAAAGAACAAAAAAAAAAUUGGUUGAUGGAUAGAGGCAAAGAGUUGGUGGUGGCGAUGGGGUCAUCGUCCGGCGGCGGAGGAGAGAGCGGUCCGGCGACACCAAGCCGCUACGAGUCGCAGAAGCGUCGGGACUGGAACACGUUCGGGCAGUACCUGAGGAACCAGAGGCCGCCGGUGGCGGUGUCGCACUGCAGCAGCAACCACGUCCUCGACUUCCUCCGGUACCUCGACCAGUUCGGGAAGACUAAGGUCCACUCACAAGGCUGCGUGUUUUACGGGCAGCCGGAGCCGCCCGCUCCCUGCACCUGCCCGCUCAAGCAGGCUUGGGGCAGCCUCGACGCCCUCAUCGGCCGCCUCCGUGCCGCCUACGAGGAGAACGGCGGCACCCCGGAGACCAACCCCUUCGCCAGCGGCGCCAUCCGCUUGUACCUCAGGGAAGUGAAGGAUUGUCAGUCAAAGGCGCGUGGGAUUCCGUACAAGAAGAAGAAGAAGAAGGCGGUGAUCUCCGGCAUGGCUCCGCCGGCAAUCUCCGCCGCCGCCGACUUCGAAUCGUCUUCUUCCGCGCCAUUUUCUUGAUAUUAAACGAAGAAGGAAAAGAAAAGCCUCCGUCACACAGUUGCAGCAAUUCAAGGAUCCUGCGAUACAGUAUGUAUGUGAAGAUGCUUGGCUGCCGGAGCUGAUUUGAUGGAAAAAAGAUUAUUUAUAUGCAAUUUAUUUUGUCACUAAAACUUCUCAAUUAAUUUUCCGGCCUUCAAUUCUACUGCGGAAUCAGAUGCCCUAUUGAAGAUCCAUGACCGCUGCCGCCAAUUCACACCCCUUAAAGGGGCGUUACUCAUAGCCGUUCAUCUCUUUUUCAUCACUCUCAGUUCUUGUUUUUAAGCGAAUCAGAGAAGUUAAUGAAGCUUCAGUAUAAGA